CGCCAGAUAAAUUAUUAACAGUAUGAUCCUCUGUACAUCUGGACUGUCAUUGCAGUCUCAACCUUCACACACGCACAGAGUGGGGAAGAGAGGCACAUUUGCAAGACUGCCCCUGACGUUUGUUUGUGCCCCCCCCCUCAACCCCACCUCUGGACCAUGGCUCAAACGACUGACCAAGUCUACUAUUCAACUCUGAACACCUACCAGAAUAUCAUGGAACACUUCAACCCUGGGCUGCAGAAUCUGGUGGUACUGGGAAGCAACUUCGUUAAAGCCUUUAGAACAUUGACCGGAGCAGCCAACACGUACUUCGUUGCAGUCGGGAAGUUUGGCGAGCAGGCAUUGAGUACGUCAACGUCACAGAUACUGGGUCAGAUCCUAUUACAGAUCGCGGACACACAGAGGGAGCUCAACAACGACCUGGAACUAAUUUUUCGGAGGUUUAACGAUGAGCUGCUGCGCGAAAUGGAACGCAAUACUCAACUGGACGUGGAUUAUAUAACUAAAAGCAAACAUCGCUUCGAAAAGGAGCACAGGGAGAGGACUCAGAUGUUGAACGACACAAACACAGAGCUACAGAAGCUGGAGAGGAUGAGAAACUCACACACCAGGGACCUGCAGGAGAAGCUCAGCACGCUGGAGUCGGGCAUGGAAUCGUUCCUGAAGAACAGCUACAGACUGGCUGUGGCGGAGGAGAGGCGCCGUUACCGGUUUCUUGUUGAGAACCAUUUCCACUUGUCGUACUACUUCCUUCGUUUCUACAGCAAGGCACGAGAGGCCCUCCACAACAAGGUGCCGGGGUGGAGAGAACACACCAGCUCUGCAGCUGAUGGCACUGCCUCGGGCAGGUCCAGCCCUCGCCCCCCGAACAUGGGCGCACCUCUCAACGUGAUCGAGGCUGCCAACGUCGACACCAUCUCAAGACGCAGCUAUCUCCCAAGCCCUCAGCCUUCCCGGCGUGAGAUGAAUGGAGGCGACCUGUUGCCAUUCGCAAACUCCGAGCCGAGCAAACCAGGAGAAAGGAGUCCCUUAAUGAGACUGGGCUCGGCUGGGGGUCAGUCGCAGGGGCCGCGGGGGGACAGAGUCGCUGGGCUGACCGGCGCCCGUGUCCAGGCCGUCAUCUCCCACGCAGCCGUCCGCAACCAAUCCAUGCUCAACUUCGAGAAAGGAGAUAUCGUCACCAUAUUGGUUCCAGAGGCCAAGAACGGCUGGUUGUUCGGCAAGCUGGAAGGGUCACCAAAGCAGGGCUGGUUCCCACAUUCCUUCGUGCAACCUUUUCAGAAAGAGGUCCAGACUCACGAGCCGUCACUCAGGCCGUUUCCAAUGAGGAGUGGACGCAGCACGGAGGACCUGCUGGACCCCAAGCGUUACAUGUUGCCGCUGGUGGACUACAGCAGCCCUGUGGCCAGCGUGGUCCCCGACCCACCGCCUCUGCCCCACGGCGCCUCCAGGAGUCACAGCCCGGCCCCUCCAGACCUCAGGAGCCGGCGGGGCAGUGCAGUCAGUCUGGCCGUGUCGGAGGGUGGACAAAGCAGGAUCUUUGGCGGGACAGAAAGCCAGCACGAACUUUUUCCCAGGGGAACCAAUCCUUUUGCGACUGUGAAACUGAGGCCGACUGUUACCAACGAUCGAUCGACACCGCUUAUCCGAUAGACGGGACGUUAGAAGCGCUGUUCCUGCCGCUCCAGAGAGAGGGAGAGAGCGUGAACCGUGCCAUACACGGUGCUGGAGGAACUCUGCGGGUCAGGCGGCAUCUGCGGAGGGAAAGGACGGACAUCAUCUCCCGACCCGAAACGUCGCCUGUCCGUUCCCUCCUCCGAUGCUGCCGACUUCCUCCGGCACUUUGUGUUUUGUUCCAGAUUCCAGCAUCUGCAGUUCCCCGUGUCUCCGUGAUCAGUGUCAUGUUUUACCGUUUAUACCAAUUUUUGGGAUUAAUGUUGUGUUUAGAUCUAUCUCAAAGGAAAAUGGGGCGGGCACGUUGGCACAGCGGGUAGUGCUGCUGACUCACAGCAGCCAGAGACCACGGUUCGAUCCUGACCAAGGGUGCUGUCUGUACGUUCUCCCCGUGACCCGCGUG